AUGCAUACCCUCGCCGACAAGCUAGCCCUUCUCGCCCACUUGAUGACCUUCAACACUGAUCACCCGCACGCCGAGGCGUUCAACGACACCGUGGCCCACUUCUUGCAGGAGGCAGAGAGUUGCAUGGCGCUCGUGCAUGGCCACAAGGAGGUGGCUCAUUCCAAAAUUGUGAUGGCUUUGUUGGUUUUUGUUUGUGGUUUGGGUUUUGCUGUCUUGUUAGGUUGGUUCAGAGUUGGUGAGGGGGUUUGGGAUGAGGUUGGAGCGCGGAACAUGGAGAAGGCCGCAAGGAAGUUCGAGUGA